AUGGAAUCCAUAAAGGUGCUCGAUAUGUGUCCGCUUACUCCGUAUUCAAGAAAAGAACGCAUGAACUCGGCAUCCAGAUCUACGCCUACGAACGAAGAUCUGUGUACCCCUAUUGCAGGUCACGAAAAGCUUGUGUUGGGAUUGAAUCGUGUCAAGAUUUCUGAAAACACCGCAAGUAGUUAUGUUACAAAAAGCCUAGAAUUCGGGGCUAAAAGUGAGGCUAUUCUUGAAGAAAUCUCGGCUCCUGAUGAUGGCUGCAUGACACCACUGUGUGUGGGUCGGCUUCUAGAGACGUGCCCUGGUGCGCCUAUCAAGUCUGCGGCAGUCACGUCGAGGACCAUUGACGCCAGUGAGUGCAGAGAACUUGAAUUUUGAAGUACGAAAACAAAUGCAACGACAUUGGUGGUUUUAUGGUCGAUCUUGUGGAUAUAUUUAGCCUUAUUUUUUAUUGCC